AUGUCGACUCCUACUGAAUCCAUUGCGGAUGAAAAGAGUUCUGAACCCGGAAUCUUGAAAAGGUCAACCCCAUUGCCACCAGUGCCGGAAGGCAUGUCUAAGAAACAAUGGAAGAAGAUAUGGAAGAAGCAACAGUUUCAAGAACGUAAAAAGGAAUACGCAGAUGUUCGUCGUGCCAAACGUAAGCGUUCGAAAGACACAAGACGUGCCUUAAUUAAAGAAUAUGAAGAUCGUGGUGAAGAAGUUCCGGAAGAACUAAAGAGAGCACCUCGAGUCAAUGUGAAUCAACAAGAUUCCGGAAUCAAGAUUGUGCUGGACUGCUCUUUUGAUGAUUUAAUGAAUGAUAAGGAAGUGGUGAGUUUAUCCAAUCAAAUAACGAGAGCUUACUCUGCUAAUAGACGUGCUGACCAUUUCGCACAUAUUAAAGUUUCCAGUUUUGAUAAAAGAUUGAAAGUUAGAUUCGAAGGCGAUUUACAUGAUUCUAAUUUUGGUCAAUGGAAGAAUUUUGAGUUUGUUGAAGAUGAUCAUGAUAUCAAGGGACCAGAUGUUGAUAAGAGUAAAUUGGUUUAUUUGACAGCUGAUACAGAAGAGAAACUAGAAACUUUGGAACCAGGAAUGACCUAUAUUGUAGGAGGCAUAGUUGACAAGAAUAGACAUAAGGCCCUAUGCUAUGAGAAGGCUAAAGAGCUAGGCAUUCCCACUCGAAGAUUGCCAAUUGAUCAAUAUAUUCAGAUUGAAGGAAGAAGAGUACUUACCACAACUCAUGUGGUGCAAUUAAUGCUAAAAUAUUUUGAUAAUCGUGAUUGGAAGGAAGCAUUUGAAAGUGUUCUGCCUCCAAGAAAGUUGGAGCUCAAAACACAACCCAAGAAGGAGUCUUCUUCUUCUGCUGAUGAUGUUGAAGAGAAGACCGAGAAUAACAUAUGA